UUACAUUGGUCAAAACAAGAAAUCUUUAUGUUGAGUACCUAGUCGCAAUUUGCAGCGUUUCUUAAACGUCGACCAAUAUCCAGUACACUCUCACAGUCUCACAAGUUAAACGAUAAUAGCUAGGUAUUGCAAUAGAUAUUAUUUUUAAUCGUUCAGCGUGUAAUUAUGAGUCUCAAAAGUUUACUAUGUAUAUUUAUGCUGUUAAUUGUAUAUAUUAUGCGUUUCGGAUGUUGUGCACCGCAAAAUAAUGGUAAAGUAAUGGGUGCUUCUAGUAUUCCACCAGUUAACGAAUCCGCAAGCAUAGAAUCAUAUUCGGCCGCUGAAAUGUGCGAAAAGUAUUCAGAGUUGAUAUACACUAUAAUAAAGGAUCCAAUAUCAUUGACAAACGAAGACACUUAUUUAAAAGUUAAAAAUUGUCACGAUGUCUUACCCUUAAUCGUUAACGGAACAUUGGCUAUGCCAAAAGAAUUUCCACACAUGGCUUUGUUAGGUCAUGGCAAAUAUGUCACAAACGAUUUAUGGGUCUGCAGUGGAUCAUUGAUUAGCAAUAGGUGGAUUAUGGCUGCAGCGCACUGUGAAAAAAUUUCAUAUAAUGGAAACACUUAUUUAGCACAAUGGGUACGUUUGGGAGAACUGAACUAUGCAUCGGAUACCGAUGAUGCCAGACCAAAGGAUUACAAAAUCGAUCGACGCAUAGUUCACCCGAAUUAUAAGCCACCGUCAUUGUACAAUGAUAUAGCAUUAUUCCAUUUGGAGGAGGACGUGAUAUUUUCGCCGUACGUACGGCCCAUUUGUCUUAACGCAGAUACAGACCCUUUCUUUCAAUCUACGGCUUCAAUGAAGGCGUUAGCAACUGGUUGGGGACUAACCGAAAAUGAUGGAAAUUUCAAUGCAGCCCUAUUAAAAGUGGUUUUGGAUGUUAUCCCGGGGAACCAGUGCAAAUCCAAUUAUGCGUCGGCAGCGAAAUCUCAAUUGCCCAGCGGAAUACUCGACGAAAGCCAGAUGUGCGCGGGCGAUGUAAAGGGCGAAAAAGACACUUGUGCGAGCUAUUCCGGCGGCCCGCUUCAAAUACCACAUAGCAGAUACACAUGCAUGUACACGCAAAUAGGGGUUACGUCGUUCGGCAAGAGGUGUGCUAAGCUGGAUUCACCAGACGUAUACACUAGAGUGUCUAAGUACUUGCCGUGGAUUGAACAAAUCGUUUGGCCCAAGUCUGGUUGAUAUGUACAUACCGAUAUAGAUGGACAUGGCUAUGCGAGUUCUUUUGAUAUCGCAAACGAAAUAAUAUACUUAAUUAUAGAUAUCGUUGUCCUUAAGCUUAUAAAACUCUGACUCUUGUUAUUUUAUCCCCACAUUGGGUCUACCCAAGUGUUAAUAUAAUAAUUAUAAUAUAUUUUUUUAUUAACCACAUAAAUAAUUAUAAAAAAAUAUCUAUAAAUACAUCAAUUUUAGGUUCUAGAUAUAAAAUAUAUUAAUAAGCAAUUUCUAAAAGGAAAUAUUAUAUAGAAUAUGUUAUAUACUUUUUUUUUAAUAUUUGGAUACUAUACUCUAAACGCUGUAAUAACAUACAAAAUUAUUAUUUAUUGUUUGUAUUAUAUUCUAUGCUAUAUUCUAUUUUAAUUGAAUUUCAUCCAUUUUUGUGCAUGCAUAUUGAGCUGCUAUUCAAACGCUUUGUACUUGUUUAUAGGUAUUCUGUAACUGGUUAGCGAUUUGCUCCGUAGAUAAAAAUAAUUAUAAAAAUGAUAGGUUAUAUUGUAAUAUGAUUUGUUUGACUUUUAUAUUGGUAAGAAAUAUGCAUAUAAAAUGAUACGAUGGCUGGUAUAUUUGCUUAAUAUGUUUUUUAUUUAUGAAUUGUGGAAUUAUAUCAAAUUCAUAAUAUUACAUUAUGUAUUAAUCAUAUAUUUUUGAUUCAUAUAUAUUAUUAUUAUAUGUGUAUAUGAAUAUUUAAAAAAAAUAAUUUAUAUAUAAUUAUUAAAAAUAAAAUAAAAUAUUAGCCUUUCAUCAUAUUAUAUUAUUCCUACCCUGUGUUCAAUUUUGAGUUCUCUAAUAUUCCACUCGCUCCACUGCUCCAUUUGUCGUCCAUUAUCUUACCUCCGAUUGUAGUCGAAAUCGCCCCAUCUACCGUCUAAUGCGUUUGGAAAAUGAGUCAACCCCGUUUCUGUAGGAUAGUUAUGUCUACCCCAAAGCACCAACACUGUUAAUCCAAAUUAUAUUAUUUUCUGUGUAUUAAUUUGUAAACAAUUUUAUGUUAACUGUAUUGUAAUAAUAAUAUUAUGUAUGUUUCUUUUGUAAAUUUACCUUUGUAAAAUUGACCUAAUGGGCGAUAACAAUAAUAAAUAAAUGAAUA